AUGGGAGGAGUGACCACGUCGACAACCACGGCGUACGCAACACCACCCCCAACCCCAACCCCAACCGGACCCAUUGACUGGGGAAAGAGAAGGGAUGAAGUAAAGGCGGGGUUCGUGCAUGCUAUGCAGGGGUAUAAAACGCAUGCGUUCCCACAUGAUGAGCUGUUGGCUGUUUCGGGGAGGUUUUCGGACAAAUUUAAUGGAUGGGGCGUAACGCUUCUCGACUCUCUCGAUACGAUGUACAUAAUGGGUUUACACGACGAUUUCGAAGACGCCCUUGGGUUUCCAACCUCCUACGCCCACUUCUUCGAAACAGUCAUCCGCUACCUCGGCGGCCUCCUCUCAGCACAUGCACUCUCCUCCUCCCCGAUCCUCCGCUCAAAAGCUGACGAUCUUGGGAGGCUGCUGUUCCCUGUGUUUAAUACCUCCCUCGGGUUGCCUUUAUUUGCUGUUAAUACUGAUACGGGAGCCACAAGGUGGGGCGAUCUUGGCAUAACCACCCUCUUCGCCGAAGCGACGAGUUGCCAGUUAGAAUAUAAGUAUCUUGCCAAAUUGACGGGGAGGGCGGGGUUUUACGAAAAGGUCGAGAGGAUAAUGGAUGUAUUUUAUGCAGUUAAUGCGACGGAUGGUUUGUUUGCCAAUAGGUGGUUCGAUAAUGGAACUCCACUGGGUGCUCAUUUUACUGUUGGCGCGACCGCAGAUAGCGGGUACGAGUACUUUUUGAAGCAAUACCUCUUAACGGGGGACCAACGUGCUAAAACCCAAUAUCUGAUAUCGAUGGAGGGGAUCAUCAACAACCUCCUGUUCGUCACACCAAAACGAUAUUUGCUCUACGUGACCGAUAUGUCGCAUGGUUACGCAUCACACAAAUUCGAGCAUCUAUCCUGCUUCCUCUCUGGGCUAUUCGCGCUCGGUGCGCACACGAUACCGGAGGAUGACAUGUCUCCUCGGACGAGGGAGCUGCACCAAUGGGCCGCGCGUGGGCUUGGCUAUACGUGUUAUGUGCUUUACGCGGACCAAAAGACUGAGUUGGGCCCGGACACUGUGACGAUGGCCAAAGGGCAAAAGUGGGUCGAUGUGUUGCAGGAGGAUUAUGCAAAUUCAUGGCCGGCGGUGUACCUGCUCCGUCCAGAGACUGUCGAGAGCUUGUAUAUUCUUUGGAAGACGACGGGUGAGGUACAGUGGCGUGAGAAGGGAUAUGCGAUCUUUCAAGCUCUCGAACGACACUCUAGGACAAAUUUUGGGUAUGCGAGCGUGCGGGGCGUGGAUAUGAUGAUGUCUGAGAAGGUUGAUGAUAUGCCCAGCUACUUCCUCGCGGAAACGCUCAAAUACCUUUACCUCCUGUUUGACGAUACCGACUCGAUUGAUCUGAAGAAAUGGGUGUUUAAUACGGAAGCUCAUCCGUUGCCCGCGUUUGAGUGGACAGAAGGAGAGAGGAAAGCUUUUAACAUCUCGUCUUCUUCCUGA